AUGCAUAUCAUCAUCGUAGGCGCAGGCAUCGCCGGCCUCAGCGCAGCGGUAGCGUUGCGUCAAGGCGGCCACAGAGUCGAGAUCUUCGAAAAAUCCGCCUUCGCAGCCGAAAUCGGCGCCGCCCUAGCUCUUGCUCCAAAUGGCGUCCACGUCCUCAACAGCCUGAACUUCUCCCUUCGCCGUGCUCGCGCAACGCGACUAUUACUCUGGCAGGUCACCCACGGGUCGAACCUAGAGCCCAUCUCCGUCAUCGAUUUCAACGACGCUGAGGAGCGCUUCGGUGCGCCUUUGAUGGCUGUGCAUCGUGUGGACUUACAUAAGGAGCUAUUGCGACUAGCACUGGACGAGAAUGAGAGCAAUAGGCCUGCUGCGCUGCAUUUGGGAAUGCCGAUUGUCAAGGUGAGUCCGGAGGAAGGGUGGGUGGAGACGAAGGAUGGGCAAAGGCACCAAGCGGACCUGGUGGUAGCAGCCGACGGAGUGCAUUCGGUUAUUAGGCGUGCGGCCCUGGGAAGGGAGAAUGAUGCAAGGUACUCGGGGAAGAGUGCCUUUAGGUUUUUGGCCGACACAAAGACUUUGAGAGAAGACGAAGGGAUUCGCAGAUUGAUUGAUGAGUGGAAGCCGCCCGGAGCUACCAUAUUUGCGGAUACGGCGAAUCCUGAUGUCGAGAGACACAUGGUGUGGUAUGACUGUCAGGGUGGGGAGGUUCAAAAUUUUGUCGGCAUCCAUGAGCCUGCGAGACAGGAUGCCAUAGCUUCAGCAGAUGAUCAAAGAGGAAGAAUGAUUCAAGAGUUCAGCCACUACCACCCUGAUCUGGUAAGAAUCAUAAGACUGGCGAAUGAGAUCAAAUGCUGGCCAAUAUUUUCCCACGAACCCUUAUCGCAGUGGAGCUACGGCAAAGUCUUGCUGAUUGGAGACUCUGCUCACGCAAUGCUUCCAUUCGGCGGGCAAGGAUCAAACCAGGCAUUGGAAGAUGCAGGUGCUCUCGGAUAUCUGCUUAGAGGAGUCGAUGAUGCAUCGAAAAUGCAACAGCGACUUAAAUUCUUUGAAGAGGUUCGCAUAAAUAGAGCCUCACGCACCCAGACUAUGUCGAAGGUCAGUGUGGGGAAUGAGCUGAAGGUUUUUGAUCAAGUCAAGAAAUUUGCCAAUGACAAUCAGAGUAUGUAUCUUUGCGUCCUUUUUUGGACAAGUUAUCGAGCUGAUAUUGGCAAGAUGUCCCUGUUUCUUUCUCAGACCGAAUUGAGCAUGAUUUUGGGUAGAUUUCUUUCAGCCGUCGUUGCAACUCAUUUGGCUGACGGAAACCCAGAUAUAACGUUCUCAAAGAUUGCGAGCGGGUUCUGCAGACGAACAACAGGUAGUUAG